CCCCGCCCUGCCCGCCGUAUACCGCUGACCGUCGCUGUCUUGCGGUUUGUAACAGUAGCAGUCGCGCCUUCUCGUGGAAGCUUCCACGGAGAGGGAUUAGAACCGCCUUUUCGUGCGUUGACCAGCUGGUUAGCUCUCGUCAGAGAGUUGACGGGUGUGUUAUCAGGCGGAAUUAUGUAGCGGAGAAACUCUUUUGGGCGAACUGCGCAGCACUAUAGCAUGCUAAGCUAAGCUGGAGGAAGGAACGGACCAACGGCCGAGCUAACGCGGGGCUAAAGUGCUCACCUGCGGGCUUUGAUUAAGUCUUGACGUCGCCCUGAGCUAACGUGAUGGGAAGUGUAAGAGAAAACGGGACCGGGGCGGUUUCAACGCCGCCACCGCCUCUGGAUUCUGCCAGCGACGGCAACUUCGCCAAAUCCGAUGGAUUUACAAUGCUUUCCACUGGAAAGAGACCCUCCAUCGGGGAGGAUGACGGAGGAGUCGCAGCGGAGGCGAAACUCUUUGGGAAGGGACUGGCGGCCACCUCCCUUCUCCAGAUCGCGAUAAGGAACGGUAUAUAUCAAAACCAGGUUGCCAACGCCAUCGGCGGCGCUGCCAAAAAUAUGAACAUGACCACGGGGAAAACAGCCAACCUUUAUAAUCUUACAUCGGUAAACAGCAGCAGCAGCACUUCUGUCAACUCUCUGCUCGGCAAGAGGCGGCACAGGCAUAAGAGGAAUUUGUCGCUGGGGGCUCCUCCGACCAGCUCCACCUCUGCCGGCGGCUCCACUGCCGAGGCGGCCAACACGGCAUCGCCGCUAAGUACCCUCAGCCUGGACAGAAGGACUUUUCUACGGCAGAAGCAGUCAAAGCAGCUGCAGGCCUCCGAUAAGACCUGGGUACGAUCGGACCAUCGGCGGGGCUGCAUUCACGUCCACGACUGGCUCACGCCCUCCUACCCACGCCCUGUGCUUUGCACUGUAGACACCACUGCUACAGAGGUGGCCUGUAAACUGGAGGGGAGCAAAGCAGGGUCAGUGCUGCGAGUAAGUGGUAAAAGUGCAGCCACAGUUGAUUUAAACGAUAAUUGCAAAGACUUAAAUGGACAUUCGGUUGAUAGUAACAGUCCGGAUGGCAGGAACGACAAAGAAGACGAGAACAUAAAACAGUAUUAUCCUGACACUAAACUGUCUACUAACCUGCUGGAUGAUAAAACUGCAAGCAACUCUUCAUCUGAAGUAUAUCUGACUGAUAUUGGGGUGGACUUGAGUGUGCCAGACUGUUACGGGGUCUACUCAGGUUCAGACAUAGAGAGCAGCACCUGUGAGGACUUCAGUCCAGGUGGACCCAGAAGUACAGAGCACCGAGACUCCCUCAGUGAUGGGCUGGGUUUGGGCACUGACUCUUCAGUUUUAAGCACAAACUGUGACAGUGCCACUGAAGACCCUGACCCCUUUGAGAGCUCCUCAGAUGAAGUGGAUCUUGCCUCUUCUCCCACACACUCAAAUGGUGAUUCUGCUCCCAACAGUGUUUCCAGCCACGUGUCAGGACAGCAUGAAGACACUAAACUCAUCACUGGGGUUAACACAGAUACCCCUGAUUUAACAAAACCUGCCGCCAAAUGCUUCAGCAGCUCUCAGUCGCGGCCUCUGACCAGCCAAGCAUCUGUCCAGUCUGACCCUGAGAUCCCAGAGGAAAGCAAGGGAUGGACAGAGCCCAUCAAUAUCACUCCAACCCCAGCCCUCUUUGUCCAGCUGCAUGGUGGAGCAGUGCGACGGCUGGGAGAUGAUGAGAGGCCUCUGCAGAUAUUGAAUGAAUACCUUAACACUAUGGGCUAUGAAGAUGCUUGGAGGGUGCAAGAAGAGGGAAUGAACCCAGAAAUAGGUUGCCUGAUCCGCUUCUAUUUCGGUAAACCUCGCAGCGUUGGUGGCUCCGACCGUGUCCUGUUGUCGGGCGUGUUCAAUGUCCGCAAAGGGAAACUGGCACUGCCGGUGAACCGAUGGUCCAGGCGUCAGGUCACACUGAGCGGAACUUGCCUCAUUGUCUCUUCUGUGAAACAUGCCCACACUGGCAAGAUGCACAUCCUCCCUCUCAUUGGAGGAAAGGUGGAGGAGGUGAAGAGGCACAGCCACUGUCUGGCCUUCACCUCAGCCGGUCCUCAGGGUCAGACCUACUACAUCAGCUACGACUCCUACACCGAGCAUCUGCGAUGGCACAGAAUGGCAUCAAAGAUUGCAUCACAGAGAGUGAACUCAGUCGACCUGUCCUGCUGCAGCCUGGAGGAGCUGCCUGCUCAGCUCUUCUACAGCCAGGACCUCACCCACCUCAAUCUCAAAAACAACUUCAUGUCCCCACACAGAGGUGUCCCAGCACUCACCAGGUUUUGUAAACUGAGAAGCCUUAGUCUGUCAAAUAACGCGCUGUCCGAGUUUCCUUUGGCCUUGUGUGACAUCACCUCGCUCAGUGAGCUCAACUUAUCAGGAAAUCUUCUCUCAUCUCUACCUGCAGAAGUAGGAACCAUGCACAAUCUGCAGACUCUUCUCCUGGACGGUAACUCACUGACCACUCUGCCCGUGGAGCUGGGCUCUCUGGAGGGUCUGUCCUACCUCGGCCUGUCCUUCAACUCCUUCGGCAGCAUACCGACGCUCCUGGAGAGACUGAAAGGCAUGGAGAGACUGUGUCUGGCAGGGAACCAGCUCUCUGUCCUGGACAUGGUGGGACUGCAGUGGCUGUCAGUUCACCACAUAGAUUUGAGAUUGAACCAACUUCAAAAGGUGACAUUGGGGGACUCGGAGCACCUGGACCAUAUCGUCCACUUGGACCUGAGGGACACUGGUCUUCGGGAACUGGACGUCAGGACUCUCAGUAGGCUGGAGGUUCUCCGCUGUGACCGAAACAACCUAUCUGUUCUCCGAGUGGGCGGUCCCACCCUCAAAGGCCUUCAUGUGGCCCAUAAUGAAUUGACGGAGCUGGAGGUUGAGCCAGCGCCAGAGAAUCUGACCGUUUUGGACUUGUCCUGGAACAAGCUGGGCUGUGUGCCCGCCUGGGUGUGUGACAGCAGCAAACUGGAGGUGUUGGACGUUAGUCAUAACUCUGUUUCUGAGCUUCCCAUACAGCUGCUGUCCAGUGGGAGCUUGAGAAAACUGCUGGCAGGCUGGAACGGAGUGUGUCAGCUGGCUGAGAGGCUGGAGAGAUCACAGCUAGAGGUUCUUGAUCUUCAGCACAACUAUCUGACCGAGCUCCCACACAACCUCUUCAUGAAGGCACAGAGCUUGCGGUAUUUGAAUGUUUCGGCCAAUAAGCUGGAGAGCCUUCCUGCUGCCAGCCUAUCAGAGGACAGCUUCAGCAGCCUGCAGGAGCUCUACGCCACCAAUAAUAGCUUGAACGAUAAGUGUGUUCCUCUGCUGACAGCCCACAGCCUCCUCAGGGUUCUUCACCUCGCCUACAACCAGCUGCAGACCUUCACAGCUAGUAAACUGGCUCGACUGGAGCAGCUGGAGGAGCUGGACCUGAGUGGCAACCGACUGAGAGCUGUGCCCACCACCAUCCUCAGCUGUCAGCGUUUACACACACUCUCAGCCCACUCCAACUGCAUCAAUGCCUUCCCAGAGGUUUUGCAGCUUCCUGAGAUCAAAUGUGUAGACCUGAGCUGCAAUGAGCUGACCGAGGUGACUCUGCCAGAGACGCUCCCUCCAAAGCUACAGGAACUGGACCUCACAGGAAAUCCUCGCCUCAACCUGGACCACAAGAGCCUGGAGCUCCUUAAUAAUAUCCGUUGUUUCAGAGUGGAUCCAUCACCAUCUGCUACAAGUGGGAGUGAGAGUCAUGGGGCCCCUGCAGUGUGGAGCCACGGUUACACUGAGGCCUCCGGAGUCAAAAACAAGCUGUGUGUGGCGGCUCUGGCUCUGGACAGUUUCUGUGGGACUCGUGAAGCUCUGUACGGCGUUUUCGACGGAGACAGGAAUGUGGAGGUGCCUUACUUGCUGCAGUGCACCAUGGGAGAUGUCCUAGCAGAAGAGCUGCACAGGAGCCAGAUGCAGGAAGAUUACAUGACCAACACCUUCCUCACCAUGCAAAGGAAACUGGGCACAGCAGGGCAGAGGAUGGGAGGCUCUGCAGCUUUGUGCCACAUCAGACACGGCCCUGUGGCUCCUGGCGAACACGGAGGCUGCUUUACACUCAAGGCUGCCAACGUUGGCAGGUGUCAGGCUGUUCUGUGCCGAGACGGCAGAGCCAUGCAACUGUCCACAACACACACUGUCAAAGAAGUGUCAGAGUACCAGAGGGUGAGACAGCAUAAUGCCGUCAUCACUGAGGACAACAAAGUAAGUGGUGUAACUGACUCCACCAGGAUUAUGGGGUACUCCUUCCUGUGCCCGUCUGUGACCUCUAAACCCCACAUCUCUACGGUGAUGCUUACGCCUCAGGAUGAGUUCUUUGUCCUCGGCAGCAGAGGACUGUGGGACAUGUUGUCUCCGAGUGAAGCAGUCGACGCAAUCAGGAAUGUCCCGGAUGCUCUGGCUGCAGCUAAAAAGCUGGUAACUCUGGCCCAAAGCUAUGGCUGCUCCGACAGCCUAAGUGCUGUCGUAGUCCAACUCAACAUCACUGAAGACUGUUGCUGCUUCUGUGAGCCACCGCCACCGCCCCCCAGCCCCGGCUUGGGACCACACACCAGCACCCAUCAUUACUCAGCAAGUGCUGACAGCACUAUACCACUACCAGCAGCCUCCUCGGGAACAGUAAGUGAGCUAAGUAGUGAGUUCAGCACAUCAGAAAUGAGUAGCGAGGUGGGAUCCACGGCAUCGUCAGAGGAACCGCCACCUCAGACUGAAGCCUUAAUGUCUCACCUCAAUCUGCCGAGUCGAGCUGUCAGAAGACCUGCCUGUGGAGGAGGAAGCUUCCAGAGGCAGUUCUCUGGGGCGUUGUCUGACAAUGGCCUAGACAGUGAGGAUGAGGAGCCCAUCGCUGGCGUCUUCUCAAAUGGCAGCCGCGUUGAGGUGGAGGCUGACGUUCACUGUCUGUACCGUCACGAAUGCCCGGCACCUCAAACACACACUCAGCCAGGACCAAGCAUCCCGUCUGCCGCCGCCUUUUUUCACGAGCCAUCACCAUCUCCUCUUUCCUCUCAGACUCCUUCUCCAGUCCCUCCGUCCUCCCCCUAUCUUAGCGGGGAGACCCGGUCUGGGACGCUGGGCCGCCGAGCUCGUGCCAAUGGCUCUGUAGCCUGUCAAGCUAGGAACCAGGAUCUGAUCGAGGAGGCAGCCGACGCUCCCGUCAGGAAGCAGGGAGGUUACUUCAAUGCUCCAGCACAGCCAGACCCCGACGACCAGCUGAUCAUUCCCCCAGAGCUGGAGGAAGAAGUUAGGCAGAUUAUCCAGCAGCAGCAGCAGGAGCAGAUGCAGACACACACCCAGCAAGCACACAGCUACCAGAAACCUGCAGAUUAUUUUGUUACACCCCUUUAACUCUGGAUCCUGUCCUCCCUGUGAGAGUGUGGACGCACAAACAGCCAUGAUGCUCGACAUGGUGCUCAUUUUUACCUCUCUGUUCAAAAAGAUGCUAAAUAAUAGGCCUGUUACACCUGCAAGUGAUGAGGACGCUGUUGCAUUUGAACAAGAAAUCCAGCUCUUAUUAACACGUAGCACUAGUCUUUUGAGUUCAGCCAUUACAUGCUGAGUUGAUCUGUUGUUUGGGAGUGCAGUCUACAAGUUGACUCAACAUAUGAUUACAAGUGCUAUGCAACAUGAGCCACUUAUUUACAAGACACCACAGUGUGUGCUUCCUUUAGGAACCUGCUCAUUAACAAGUCUGUCAAACCCACCUCUUGAACAGUGCUUCAUGUUAUGUUACACUUGUAAUAAUAUUUUGCUGAAGUUGAGAGACGAAGAGCACAAUUGGAAGUCUGCAAAAAGCACAAAAUAACUCUCUGCACCCACCAGCUUUGUAACUAUUAAGCUGCAUUCUCAACAGUAGAAAACCUCUGACCUUUUUUUUUUUUUUUCCUGAGAGUACUCUGAACAGCAAUGCCAUGUGUUGAAUACAACCACAUUUCUCCUUUAAACUCUGGCCACUAGGGCUCUGAUGCAGCUAUAGUUUGUGCAGCAGAAAGUGACUGCAAAAUAAUAAGAGCCAAGAAGAGAAUGUUUGUUUUGGGGUAAGCACAAUUUACAAAGAGCUUCUUCUAUUUUUUUAUAAGAUUUGGAUGUUCUGCAACAACCAACCGUAACAUAAGACUGUGACACAGCUACGAGUCCUGGAUACAUGUUCAGACUCAGGCGUCGUCUGUGAUUCUGAUGCUGUUUAUAUACAUAAACCGACAGUAAGCUGUUGCUGCUGCUGCUAAAGUGUCUUCUUUUGGGAGAAUAAAAAAAAAAUUCCUCCUCAUUGGAAUUUUGGACAGGGUUUUGACAACAUGGGUGCAGCCCUACCUCCCAGUAUCCUGAACAUUCACACAGACCAGUGAGACUUUUGGUUACAGAUUUUUAUUAUUAUUAUUAAUAUUAUUUACUUUAUUUUCUACUGCUAACGCUAAGGCCACCUUUGAAAUACGAUGCAAAAAGUUUUCUAACACUUCACGUUGACUAAAUCUUCAUUCAUCAUCAUAUCUUAAUUUUUCCAGAAGCACUUUGAAUGCUUUUCUAUCAGACUCUCCAGUGUCCAAUGGUACUGAGUGGAGAUUUUUUUUGGACCAUUUUGUUUUCUUGUGUUGAGGCAGCCUUAGUGUCCAUGCAGAGUGGUGGCCUUGCAGUUUGUCGGAGUUAGUGAAACUGUUGAACUAACUCUGAGGAGUUACUUAAUACUUAACGAGUGACUUAGUCACUGAAGCGUACUAAUAUUCUCUGAGAGAAAAGAUUAUUUUGGACGGCUGACUUUUUCCAGGUUUGUGUUGUCGUUGGCUGUGCAGAAUUCAGAGUGACGCUGCAGUGGUGAGUAAAUGGAUCCGUCACUUCAUGACCAGCUUGGUGAAUGUUCUCUGAACAGUGUUACACACUUCUUUACAAUGGCAAAUCGCACAACAGAGCUACUUUUGCUAUAUAAUAAAUUAAAAGUUUCCAGAUAA